AUGCAAAUAUAUUAUAUCCUUUACAGUUUAAUAACUAUGGAACUUUUAAGAGAACCAAUAUUUGCAAGAGAAAGGCUUUUUUUGCCUUCAUUCCCUGUCCGAUCAUUUGAAUCCAAAAGGCAUCAUAAAUCAAAAACAAUUUCACUAGACAAAACCAAAAAUUCUUUAAAUCAGAGUAUUGAUAGCAGCUUUGGGAAUUUUAAAGAUAUCUUUAAACAUAAUAAAAACCCAGUCCUAAGGCCUAUUUUCAGAGAUCAUCAAUAUAUUGGUCCAAAGUAUCCAGAUACUCCUAAGCAUCCAAAAAGAGUAAAAUUAGUAAAUCUAACAUUUACAGAUAGAAGUAUCGGCAAUUCACCAAUUAAAUUAUCCCUAAAUCUUAAAACUAAUGCAAAAUCAACCUCAUUAUCAUCUCCUAACCAAAAAGCCGAAGCCAACAAUGCCUCGCUAUCUCUGAUUGCAUCUCAAAAACUUCCUGAAUCCCAAAAAUUAGCUCAAAAUAAUCGUGAAAUUGACAGUCAAGAGUCAUUUGAUGAUUCCGGAGUUUUACGCAACCCAAUAUAUAGGAGAGGCAGCAAUGGAUUUUUCAAGGCAAGAUUAUUUUCUUCAGGAACCACUAGCAGUAUUGAACAAAAACAAAGGUCAAUUGGCGAAAUGAUUAAAGAGUCUGAUCAAAAUUUAGAAAAAAUCAAAGAAGUUGCAAUAAUUGAUUUUUCAGCCAGAAUUGAAGAAAAACCAGCAAUAAGCCAUAGGAAGAGAAUAGUGUCAAAAAUGGUAAAUAAAGAUACAUUGAAAGUCAAGGAGAUGCGGCUUCCUACAGCUGCAGAGCCAUCUCCAGAUCCUAUUCAAGCUGAGAUAAUUUUGCAUAGUAAGUAUUCAUCACAAAAUAAUUAA